CAUUGUCUCGGCAGCAAGUCUCUCCAGCGUGGCACCGUCUGAGAAGAAGAUUACACGAGUGGGCUCUUUUAGCGGAUCAAAGCGUGGUUUCUUUGACGAAAUAUACAAAGUGAGAAAUCAUAUGCAAAGCGCUUGAGGAUUUUACCGAUACAUAUCUACUAAUAAUCGCGGAUUCUUGAUAAUUUCUCGACGGGCCCGGAUACAGCUCGACACCGAGAGAGAGACUCAACUCAGGUCUUUCGUCCUGACAUGGACACAGGAAUUGUACCAGAAAAGAAAAGGGUGAGCUCGGAGCGGAGGAAGGAGAAGUCAAGGGAUGCAGCACGAUGUCGGCGUGGGAAGGAGUCGGAGGUGUUCUACGAGCUGGCACAAGAGCUGCCCCUGCCCCACAGCGUCAGCUCGGGCCUGGACAAGGCGUCGAUAAUGAGGCUCAUCAUCAGCUACCUUCGCAUGAGAAAGCUGCUCAGCACCGAUGAGGCGAUUGCAGAGGAAGAAACGGAGCUUGAUACACAGCUAAAUGGCUCCUACCUAAAAGCUUUGGAGGGCUUUCUCCUGGUGCUAUCUGAAGACGGAGAUAUGAUCUAUCUUUCCGAGAAUGUCAACAAGUGCCUCGGGCUGGCACAGUUUGACCUGACUGGACACAGUGUGUUUGACUUCAUACAUCCCUGUGACCAUGAAGAGUUGAGGGAGAUGCUGGUCCACAAAACAGGCUCCAAAAAGGUCAAGGAACCAAACACAGGGCGCAGCUUCUUCCUCCGAAUGAAAUGCACUCUCACAAGCAGGGGCCGCACUGUCAAUGUCAAAUCAGCUACAUGGAAGGUUCUCCACUGCUCAGGUCAUGUUCGUGUGUAUGACAGCCAAACUGAGGAGACUCCCAAUGGGAACAAUGAGGCAUCUGCCCCCUACCUGGUUUUGAUCUGUGACCCCAUCCAACACCCCUCCAACAUUGAGGUCCCUCUGGACACCAAGACCUUCCUCAGCCGCCAUACAAUGGACAUGAAAUUUACGUACUGUGAUGAGAGGAUCACAGAGCUCAUGGGCUAUGAUCCAGAUGACCUCUUGAAUCGUUCUGUGUACGAGUACUAUCAUGCUAUGGACUCGGACCAUCUUACCAAGACUCACCACAACUUGUUUGCAAAGGGCCAGGUGAGCACAGGCCAGUACCGGAUGUUGGCCAAGAGAGGAGGCUAUGUGUGGGUGGAAACACAAGCCACAGUCAUCUACAACAACAAGAACUCCCAGCCACAGUGUGUUGUCUGUGUCAACUUUGUGCUCAGUGGCAUCCAGGAGGAGAAGCUGAUCUUGUCACUGGAGCAGAUCGUGGAUGAGAAGCCAGUGAAGGUGGAGGAGCAGCAGGAGGAAGAAAAGGCUGCGUUUGAAAGCAGCGAGCCUGACAUGUCUCCAGUCCUGCUGAAGGCAGAGGAGAAGGCCCCAGAGCUCGAUGUGAUCAAACUGUUCACUCAGACAGCAGACGCCCAACCUUUGGUUAGUCUGUAUGAGCAGCUGAAGGAAGAGCCAGAGGCCCUCACCCUGCUGGCCCCAGCUGCUGGAGACGCAAUCAUCUCCCUGGACUUCAGCUGCCCCGAUUCAGAGAUCCACCUGCUGACGGAGGUCCCUCUCUACAACGACGUAAUGCUUCCCUCCACCAGUGAAAAACUGGCUCUUCCUCUUUCCCCUCUGCCGCCCAGCGAGCCUCUCAAUGUCACCACCACCAGCUCUAAGGAGGUCAAAGCUGAGAGAUUUACUCCAGCUCCGUCCACCACAUCGACCAGCCACAGCUCCUCACAGGCUGACAGUCCGCUGGACUUUUGUUUCCCCAUGGACUCAGAGAUGAGCUCAGAUUUCAAACUAGACUUGGUGGAGAAGCUGUUUGCAAUUGAUACAGAACCCAAGACCCCCUUCACAACACAGGCAAUGGAAGACUUGGACCUGGAGAUGUUAGCUCCCUACAUCCCCAUGGACGACGACUUCCAGCUGCGCAGCCUGACCCCAGACGAGACAUUAUCUUGUGGACCAGUCAAAUCCCUCAAGAGUUCUCCAGUCCAUGCACAAGACAUUCACAGCUAUCCCAGCUCCCCAUUCAGUUCACCAGGCAGUCCCUCAGCUUCCCCAGCACCACUUAACCCCCCCAAUCCUGCCGCAAGCAUUGCUGAGAGGACCCCGAAGUUGGACAAAGAAGUCUCACUUAGGACCCUGACUGCUCAGAACGCACAGCGCAAAAGAAAACUGGGUGAAAUAAAAGAGAUUAUGGAACAGGGAGCUUUGCCCCCGGAACAAAAGGACCAGGGCAAAAAGCUGAAGCCUUCAGAGCCAGGAACAACCAGGACCAUACUUCUGCUGCCUUCAGAAAUGGCAAGUCGUCUGCUGGGCAGCACAUCAGAGGGCACCAGUUCCCUUUUCUCACUGCCACAGCUCACCCGCUACGACUGCGAGGUCAACGCCCCGUUGCAGGGUCGUCAGUACCUGCUGCAGGGAGAGGAGCUGCUGCGCGCUCUGGACCACGUCAAUUGAGUCAAUGCUUAGCCUGCUCACUGCUGGACUAGACUGGACACUACAAUUUCUCCCUCAUAUUGUCACUCCCUCUCCAAGACCCCUAACCCCACCCCACUGCCCCUUAUUUAUGUAUCUGUAUGAGUUUGACGAUAGUCUGGCUGCUGUUUGUGCACCUCAUGUGAUAUCUGCAGCAUUCCACCGUGACAAACACCAUAGCAGCAUCUGGGUUUUGGUGCAAGGGAUUCAGGCAUCUUGAGAUGUCCAAAUGUUGUUUUUUGUUUUAAUCUCUCUUCCGGGGGAGAACACACAACGCCUCGAAAGAUGACCCUUUUCCAGCAGGUCACCACAGACCCUGGCGCUACUGCCAGCAGUGUAUUGUAAGCUUCAAUCGCACAAUUUAUAUUUUCUUAAAAAGAAAAAUAUUACCAGCAAUAUAUAUUAAGCCUUUUUAAAGUCGUUUUAAUGGGAUUUGAACAAUUUUAUUUUUCCUCCCAUACUUGUAUGUUGUAGUACUUGUACCUAACAAGAUGUCUUUAGUCCAAAACAUAUUGUUUCAACCUUAGAUGGUUUGAAUGUUCUCUCCAUUUAAUAGCUAUUAGUCUUUGAGGUAAACGCAUUUAAUUGUGUAGCAGUCCAGUACAUGUCACUUUAUUACUUUACUGUAAGUGUGUGUUACUGUGCAUAUACCAGGGAAAUUUGACUUUACUCAGUAUGGCUUCACAGCUUUGACUUUCUCUCAAAAAUGAAAUUUCAGAGUUUCACUUUUUCUGUUUGCUUCUCAACAUGGAGGAUUGGCAACAUGAAAUUAAUUCAUGUUUUGGUUUUUACUGUGCUUGACAUAUACAAAACAGUCAGUUAAAAUAAGUGGGAUAUUCAUAUUUUACUUGUGUGAUCAUCAUCAAGGUAGCACUCGUGAGUUGUUUGCUCAAUUAAAUGGUAGUCAGUUUAAUACCAUUGAUCUAUGUCAUACUGUUGGUCUAUCAUGCUUCUUGUUGCCGUCUAUCAUUAAAUGGCUUUAAUAAAGUUAA